CUCCGUGUGAUUUGUUCCGAGUUCGCGAAUUCAAGAGGGAGUUUUGGGAGGUGAGAGAGGGAAUGCCGGGGCGACGGAGACGCGCGUGCCGCGGAGAGAUGUAAACGGGGAAGAGAAAAAAGGUCAAGGAGAAGAGAAAGAGAGAAGGAGAGACGUGAGGAAGGAAUUCCCUUCGAUCGUUGUGGAAGAGGGAUUAGUAUCCUGAAUUGACUUUUUCUUUUAUCGUGUGUCACAAUCUUGUUCUACGUAGCGACAUUGCGGCUUCGGUGCCGACAAUGUUUGGAUUUUCAUCGGGCUGAUGUUUGCGGGUGCGAUCGAGGAAGUUCUGGCUCCGUAGUCCUUUGUUCCUUUGCAUUUUCUAGGCUUACGGACCCCGAUUGAUCCCCGACAACGUCUCGUCUUGAUUUAUCCUUCUUUCUUAUUACCACUUUGGAUCAGAACAUUGAUGGGCAUACUGCUUGUCUGAAUUGGUCUUAUUGUUCUUUGCUGUUAGAAGUUGGUUACUGGGAACGGAUUAAUGGCCUCAUCUCAGAGCAGUGAGAAUCUGAUGCAAUGUAAAACUUGUCUCUGUGGAGAGGGGGAUGCCAAUUUCUGGAUUUCCAGAUCAUUGGAAAAUUCUGACAAACAAACUAACAAAUGCCCCAACUGUAAGGUGUUCAAGAGCGGGCCACUUUUAAUUUCAUCUAAAGGACUUGGUUGGACAUCAUGGAAGAAACGUUGGUUUGUCCUUACACGCACGUCAUUGGUUUUUUUCAGAGCUGACCCCUCUGUUCUGCCUCAAAAGGGCAAUGAAGCAAAUUCUAGCCUUGGUGGUAUCGACUUGAACAAUUCAGGAAGUGUUGAUGUGAAAGCAGAUAGAAAGAUUUUGAUGGUCAUUUUUCCUGAUGGCCGUGAUGGACGAACAUUUACACUAAAGGCAGAAACUUCUGAGGAUCUAUAUGAAUGGAAGGUUGCAUUGGAGAAUGCUUUAGCACAAGCGCCCAGUGCAACCACUGCCUUGGUUCAGAAUGGAAUUUUUCGCAGUGAUGUGACUGAAUCAAGUGAAGUAUCACAUGAGAAAGAGAGGGACAGACAAUCUACAAAUUCUUCUGUGAUUGGUAAGCCUGCAUCGCUUGCACUUGAAGAUAUUGAUGGGAGCCCAUCUUUCUUGGAGAAGGCCCUUAAGUUCAUCGAGCAACAUGGUAUCAAAGUGGAAGGUAUCUUGCGACAGUCUGCUGAUGUUGAAGAGGUAAAACGCAGAGUGCAAGAAUAUGAACAGGGAAAAAUUGAGUUUUCUCCAGAUGAGGAUGCUCAUGUUAUUGGAGAUUGUAUCAAGUACAUUUUGCGGGAGAUGCCUUCGUCUCCAGUGCCAGCAUCUUGUUGUACUGCACUAGUCAAAGCAUACAGAACUGAUCGUGGAAACAGAGUCGACUGUAUACGAGCUGCAAUAUUUGAAACUUUCCCAGAGCCCAAUUGUCAUCUUUUGCAGAGGAUUCUUAAAAUGAUGCAGAUGGUAGAAUCUUACAAAUCUCAGAACCGUAUGUCACUUUCUGCUUUAGCAGCUUGUAUGGCUCCGUUACUUCUACGCCCUCUUCUUCUUGGUGAAUGUGAAUUUGAAGAUGAUUUUAAUAUGGGUGGUGAUGGUUCUAUUCAACUCAUGCAAGCUGCUGCUGCUGCUAACCAUGCCCAAGCUAUUGUCGUAAUUAUGUUAGAGGACUAUGAAACAAUAUUUAAUGAGAAUCUCCUGCAUGAGGACUCAAUGUCAUCAGAUCUUUACUCUGAUUCUGAAGAUGGUGAUGUUGAAGAUGAUUAUUCAACUGAUAAUGACAAUCCAGAAGACGAUGAAUAUCACAAUGGGCAUAAUGAUAGCGAUAAUUUAACUGAUACUGAUAUUUCAGAAGAUGAUGGAUUUCAUGAUGAGGAUAAUAGCUCAGGAACAAAUAUAAAUGAUGAUUCUGAUCAUUCCUCUAGUGGAACAGUUAGUGAAAGCCACAAAAAUAUUGAAUCCAAUGUGCAGAACAAUCAAAAGAAAGAAGAUGCAUGUGUGCAAGACAGAGAUGCUAACGAUGCAUUCAAAUGCUUUGACAUUACAGCACAUGAUCCUUUAAUACAUGAAUUUUGUCAUCAGAAGUCAUCAGCAACUGAUAAACCAGAGCCCAAGGAUUCUACAGCAGGCCAUAAUAUCCCAACUGAUUUUCAGAAACAUGAAAGUAUACCGCGUGAUGUAAGUAAUACCACCACAUCGCAUGGUAGUGCUCAUCAUGAGUCUGCUCAUAAUCCUGCAAGUUCAUUCCUGAAGUCUGUUAGUAAUAUCUUACCUUCAAGCAAUCGAAAAGUUAUAGAUAAGCCAAAACGUAAGAUUUCUUCAAAACAGCCAACCAUUUGGGGGCGUGCCUCUCAAAAGAAGAAUCUCCCUAUGAAGUCAAAGGAUUUGCCAAGUGAAAAUGAGAGUGCUAUUCAAAAGCUUAAGCAGACUAAGGAUGAUUUGCAAAUCAAAUUUGCCAAUGACGUAAAAGAAAAUGUGGCUUUGCAAGAAGGUUUGAAACAACGAAAAGAAGCACUGCAUGAGCGGCGAUUAACCCUUGAGCAAGAUAUAGAAAGAUUGCGUGAGCAAUUGCAAAAUGAGAAAGAUCUGAGGACAUCAUUGGAGUCUGGAUUACUGAACAUGGGACCCAACCAUAUAUCUGUUGCCUCUGCUCUAGAUAGCAAGACAAGGGCAGAUCUAGAGGAAGUUGCUCUUGUUGAGGCAGAUAUAGCUAAGUUGAAGCAGAAAGUUGCUGAUCUUCGUGGGCAGCUUGACGAUCAGCUUACGCAAAGUUAUGAUUCCUUAUGUGAGUCUUGUGGCAAAAAUCUGUGCACUAGCGACAACUCUACACAGAAAAGGCAGCUGGAAGAAGUUAGAAGUACUUGUCCUGAUCAACAUUCAAUUAUUUUGAUCAAAGAUGGGGAAAUAAUGUAUAAGUUUUUAAAAUCUGAGCAGGAGUUGCUUUCUUCUGAAGCAGUGCUAUCUCUGGAGCAGUACAGCGAAUCAGAUAAUCAGAAUGUUAUACUCCCAGGAAGCUUUUCUCCCAAAGACUCAAUUUCAAGGUCUUCCAAGAAUAAGGGGGGAGCACUAAGCUUACCUUCUCAAAGUGGUGAGCCUCACUCUGAGCAUCAUAGCACAGAGUCUCGAGCAUUAAACUGUACCUUAAAUAGUGAAGAAUCAUCAAUGGCCACUUCUAAGAAUUAUACUUACAAGAAGGGCACUCCCAUGGUCAAUGAGAAUGCAGCAACUCAAACCCAGGAAUCAGCAUCAUUGGCAGAUGGGCAACCAUCUCAGAUGCAAAGGACAAAGCGGAACGGUGGUAAGUUAUCCAAGGGGAAUAAUAAAAUUUCAUCAGCUGAAGAAGGGUCAACAAAAGUUGGACAGAAUAUUUCAAAGAAAUUCAUGAUCUGGGGUGAUUUUGGAAAGAAAGAAGCUCAAGAUCCACAAUUGACAAAUAAACAGAGCGUUCACAAGAAACAAUCAAGUGAUCCUACAUUACAUUGUUUGAAAUCUCAGACUUCUACUGGCAUUUCAUCUUCUGAGAUGCCAGCAGUAGCGGGACACACUGGAGAUGCAAAAGGAUUUAGUUUCAAACUUGAGGAAACAAUUUCUUCAUCAUCUUCAGCACUCGUUAAGUUGACAAAUCGUCUGAACUUUCUGAAAGAACGGCGUGCGCAACUUGCAAAUGAGCAAACAAAGCAGAAUACUCGAAGAUCUGCCCAAGAUAGUUCUCAGAGAACAAGUGCCAGAUGAUUAUGAAUCUAGAAGAUAAUUUUUGAAGUCCUGGUACUUGUGUACAGGUGAAAGUUUCUCUUCUGAAAAAUAAGGUUUGCAAAAUGUUUUGAAAACAAUGGCAUAAAAUUUUGAAACAGUAGUUUAUGAGUUUGUGGAAAAUCUGACCAUUUCUUUCAUUGAGGGUUUUUGUUGAUUGAAAGAAUCUACCUCUCCAUUGCUGUUUCACUUCUCGAUGAUGGCUUCCGUGAUAUAAAAUCUAGUUAUACCAACAUGCCAAGGAAUAGUGUAAAUGAACAGUCAAUGCCUCCAAGAACCAAAUUUCCACAUCGAGCGGUAAUGCUUUCUUCAUCCUGGCCUUUAGGAGCUUGUAUUUGCACCUA